AUGGCGCAGCGCGACAAGAAGGAGGAGCCCACGGAGCUCCGGGCGCCGGAGAUCACGCUCUGCGCCAACAACUGCGGCUUCCCGGGGAACCCGGCGACGCAGAACCUGUGCCAGAGCUGCUUCUCGGCGGCCACGGCGUCGAGGUCGUCGUCGCCGUCGUCCCCUACCUCCUCUUCCUCAGCUUCUUCGCCGGCGGCCGCGGCGGUGUCGCAGCCGAGGCCGGCGCUCGUAGACGCAGCAGCGGUGGAGCUGCAGGGCUCUCUGGCUGCUGCAGCCGUGGGCCAGUCUAUGGAGGCCGUCGCCGCUGCUCCGGCGGCCACGGCGAGGACGUCGGUGAACCGGUGCUCCAGCUGCCGGAAGCGGGUGGGGCUGACGGGGUUCCGGUGCCGGUGCGGCGAGCUCUUCUGCGGCGCGCACCGGUACUCGGACCGGCACGGCUGUAGCUACGACUACAAGGGCGCCGGCAAGGACGCCAUCGCCCGGGAGAACCCGGUGCUGGCGGCAAGUGACGACACAGCCGAACUGGAGCUUCAGGAGGCACCAGCUUCGUCAAGGCUGAGCCCAGAAACUUUGUCGGGCCGGAGCGAAGCAGUUUUAGCCCACUUCUGUCGCGAGUCGGGAGCGGAGGUCGCAGCCCAUGUCUCCAAGAGGCUCACCUGA